CAUCAUUAAUUCUUCAAUAUCUCAUGGCGGUGAAGAAGAGGGCGGCGAGGUGGCAGGACUAUUUUCCGGUGUGUUUCAAGGCGGAGACGAAGCAGCAGUCGACGUCGAUUCAAAGGAUUUCGCUGUUGGAUUUGAGCAGCUCGACGAUUUCGGAGGAGCUCUCCGUGUCUCUGGCGGCGUCGAAUCUCCACGCUUUCACGCUGCAGGAAUUGAAGCUCAUUACUCACAACUUCGCGUCCACCAAUUUCCUCGGUGAAGGCGGGUUCGGGCCCGUCCACAAGGGCUUCAUUCAUGAAGGCCUUCGGCCCGGUUUGAAGGCCCAGCCCGUCGCCGUUAAGCUCUUGGAUUUGGACGGCAAACAAGGCCACCGAGAAUGGCUGACAGAAGUAGUUUUUCUUGGUGAAUUAAGACAUGCAAACUUGGUGAAGCUGGUUGGAUAUUGUUGUGAAGAAGAGCAGAGGCUGCUGGUGUAUGAAUACAUGCCUAGAGGCAGCUUGGAAAAUCAGCUCUUUAGAAAAAUGUGCAUUCCACUUCCAUGGUCUACAAGAUUGAAGAUUGCUCUUGGAGCUGCAAAGGGGCUUGCUUUCCUGCACCAAUCCAAAAACCCAGUCAUAUAUCGUGAUUUCAAGGCUUCCAACAUUUUGCUCGACUCUGAUUUCACUGCAAAGCUUGCCGACUUGGGGCUUGCUAAAGAUGGCCCACAAGGCGACGAGACACAUAUCUCCACACGAGUUAUGGGCACUCAAGGCUACACUGCCCCUGAAUAUAUCAUGACAGGUCAUUUAACAUCAGCAAGCGACGUAUACAGCUUUGGAGUAGUCCUGCUAGAGCUUAUUACGGGACGAAAGUCAGUAGACAAGAGCCGCCCCAAUAGAGACCAAAACCUAGUAGACCGGAUAAGGCCUAUGUUGAAAAAUCCACGGAAGUUGGUGAGGGUUAUCGAUCCACGACUAGAAGGCCUAUACCCCGAACUCGCUGCCCAAAAGGUGGCUGCGUUGGCUUAUCAGUGCUUAAGCUAUCGCCCUAAGCUUAGACCAACCAUGGCUGAAGUUGUGAGAGUUUUGGAGCCCUUGAAAGACUUUGAUGAUGCUCAAACUGGCACUUUCGUUUUUACCGUAUCGACAGAUAGCAAUACAGUGAAAUGUUUUCCUAGCGAAACUAAAUUAGGAGAAGCUAAAGAAGUGGAACUAGAUAAAGUAUCGGACAUGAAGGCCGUUGACAUUUGAAAAUGAAGUAAGAUCGGCCUUGGAUUUCAUGGUAAAGAUUUCAAUAGAGCUUGAUUAGUAUAGAGAUGUUAGAAUAAUGCAAAUUGUAAAUGAAGAUAUACGUAGAAAUUCAUAUGUUCAUUUUAUUGUAAUGUAAGCACAUGUUAAAUUCGUU